UGAGACAUGAAGAGCUGCAAGGAGUGGCGGAGGAGGAGAGCGGGUGCACAAGCGUCGACUGAAAUUGUGCGAGUACGCCAAGGAGGGCAGGUUGAGGACUGAAUGUAGGAGGGAAACGAGUGGAAGAUCAAGAUAUAGGUGGAGCGCCAAAAGGAGGAGAGUGUAUCUGCUGACUUUCAUCUUCAAAGGCUGAGCCAAACACAGGAAUCAUGGCCAACAUCACAACUACAAUACACCCAAGUAGUCUCCCACUUCGCCCUGAGGCAGUUCCUCUGCCCCAAUUCUCUUUGCAGGUCCAAGAAGUGUACCCCUUCCAUGAUGGCUGGAACGUGGCCUGUUUUAUCAUCCUUCUGCUUUUCAUCCUCACUGUCCUGUCCCUAGCUGCCUUGGCCAUUCUCUAUGAGCUACUGGACUGUGGGUGCUGUGCCAAAGGGAAAACGCACCAACAGUUACAGGCGGAAGGACCGGGAAGCUGCAGCAAGCUCAUGACCAGCAUUUGCAAGGAACCAGAAUCCCACACGGAGGUGGUAUAGGUUAAGCAAUGAUGAGGGAAAAGUUGGAAUUCAGGUUUUAUUGCUGAAUUGGCAAAUACCAAAGCAAUGACCCAGAUUCAAUGGAAAGAGGAAUGAGACCCUGAUUUCUUUUUUCUUUAGGAGGAAAUUUUCAUACAUCUAUAAACAAACUAUUAAAAGAUGUAUUUGACACUCGAAAUGCCACUAGAGAAAGAAAAAGCCCCAGAGAAUAAACUGUACAGUGUGGCCUGAAAAUGACUCAUUCACAGUACUUAAUGAAGGAUGUGGCAGAAUGUUUUACAACUAAGUGGGCCUUUAUCUGCUUUAUUUAUUUUUUAUCUCUUUAUGGUAUUUUUUUCAAUGUAAUUAUGAUGUUGCAUGCUCAAAAUACACUAUUUUAAAAGAAGAAGAAAUAUGACAAAGGUAUUAACUUUCCAACGGCAAAUGUCCUGUGAAUACUAUAAGUACUUGUGACCUGCUGGAUGCAGAUGAUCUUUAAUGACUUACACUGUAUAUAAAGAUGCUGUACAACAUUAAGGACAUGACCAUCUCAGUUUAAACUGAUAAAGCUAAGCUAGACAUAACUGCUUUGAAUGAAGCCCGUCUUUCCCCAUUUUUCACUAAACUGUACACCAAUGAUGUCAACAUGUUCAGUAAUGCAACAUUAACAAGUGUGGUAGCUGCACAGUAACAUAGUUAAACGUUUCAAGUGCAAUGUAUGAUUUCAUAUGCCUUACCACAAAUUGCCUAAUAAACGUUCACGGAAA